GGAGGACUUUUGCGAAACGUCUUGACGGUCUUCUCCAGCAAUAACAGCCAUCAUGUCAGCUGCAACAGAUAAAGCACGCUUCUACCUGGAGCAGUCAGUGCCAGAACUCAAGGAGUUUGAGAAGAAAAAAAUAUUUAGCAAGGAUGAGAUUUUAUCCAUUGUCAAGAGACGUUCAGAUUUCGAGCACAAACUGAACGCUCGCGGUGCUCAGCCAUCCGACUUUGUGCGAUACGCGGAAUACGAGAUAAAUCUUGAUGCUCUGCGACGCAAGAGAGUGAAGCGACUAGGUAUUAGGUCGGGAGGCCAUUCGGGCCAAAGACGGAUUUUCUUCAUUCUCGAUCGAGCUACUCGGAAGUUCCACGGCGAUCUCGGCCUAUGGAUUCAGUAUAUUGAGUAUGCCCGCCAGCAGAAGGCGUACAAGAAGCUUUCGACGAUAUUCACGGAUGCUUUACGGCUUCACCCUACCAGCGUGGACCUAUGGAUCUACGCAGCACAGUACAAUCUGGAUGAUCAUGCAGAUAUGACAAUGUCGCGAACCUAUAUGCAAAGAGGUCUGAGAUUUUGCAAGAGCUCAAGGAAAUUGUGGCUGCACUAUGCGAAACUCGAAUUAAUCUACAUCGCCAAGCUUGUCGCUCGACAGCGGAUAUUGGGCUUGGACCAGAAGAUUGAAACGCCUAACCCGGCCGAAGGAUCUGGAUUUGAUGACCCUAAUGCCGAUAUGAUCGCUUUACCUAAAAUCACUGGGGAAGAUAUCAACCCUAGCGCCGGAGAUGAAGACGGAGUUGAUCACGUUGCUCUGGAAAAUCUGAACUCGACGCCUGCUCUGAGCGGCGCCGUCCCGCUGGCCGUCUUUGAUACAGCGAUGACGAACUUCAACAACGAUGACCGCUUCGGCUACGAGUUCUACGACAUGGUCUCCGAAUUCGAAGACUUACCGUGCCUGCGCAAGAUCUUGGGACAUGUAGUUGAGGUGAUGUCGCAGCACAGACCAAACAGCUACCGUACGCAUAUAUGCAACAUCAAAUUUCCAACUGCCGGGAUCCGACCGACAUCUCCCGAGUUUCCUCGGGCAUUGCGUGCAUCUCUUGCGAUUUUGAAGGAGCACCGGCAAGAUCCGAAUGUCGCCAAGGAGGUGGUCAGCUGGCUGCAACCGUUCCAGAAGACAGAGGACUUGGACCCUGCCUUGCAAAAGGUCAUUGCCGCCACCAUCCACAGUGCCGAGCGGGUCCUUCAGCAGGAGUAGACGAUGCAUCUUCAGUUCUUUAUCGCAGGCAUUCCUCAGGGUUGUUUAGGUCCAUAAGCAAAGAAAGACGAAGCUUGUUCUCUCUUUCAAAGUGUUUAAAAGUUAGCUUCCUAUCAGUCAUCAUACUUAUUACCCCGCCUGUUGCUCUUCUUGCUGCUGUGCAGUUUCUUUGCCUUGAUUCUGGCCUCAUUUUCAGCCUUCUUCCUGUUGCAAUUGUGAGAACUGUUCAAUAUCCUGUAGAUAAUGCAUAUGACAAGGAAGGCAUCCUACAAUUUCUGCACUUUGUCCCGUUGCUCUUCGGAUGUUUCUCCAGGGAUCACAUCUUCUGCAGUCGUUUUC